AUGAUUAUUCACGACCAACUCAACAAUGUUGGAUAUCCAAACACUACCGCCCAUAGCUACCCAGGCUACCACAUGCUCCCGUUUCCAACUGGUGCUGCCCCUUCUCCUAUGUCCAUGCCCAUGACCAUGCCGAUGGCCAUGCCAAUGAACAUGCCAAUUCUGAACAUGGCAGCCCAGGUACCACCCGUUGGACAUCUAAGUCCCCCUCCACCACCCAUCCCCGCUCAUAUCCUGAUCCAUCCCAACCUCCACUAUCACCAACACCAUCAAUAUACUCAACAACAACAACAACAACAACAACAUUCAAUUCCAUCUUCACCAAUUGAUUCACCUUAUCAAGCGGCCACUUCACCUCCCUCGAUGGUGUCGUCGCCACCGUCCACCCCAUUGACUCCGUUCAGCUUGUCCAACAGCACUGCAGGCUAUCACGAGUUAAUAAUAAAUAGCCAGACGUUGUCCUCUUCCUCCCCGCCCAGCCACAACGCCCUAUCUCCCUCCUCCCCUCCACCAAAUAGCGAUCUUCUCCUCUCCCUCACACCCAUCUCCAAGAAGCGCAGUGCUUCUUGGAUCGAGAUGCCCAGCUCGCCAUCGCCUUCGCCCUCCCCACGCGGCAGCCAAGUACGCCACAUUGCCGACCUCCUUCAAGGACACCUCAAACAGCGCAAGAGGGACCUGCCCCUAUUCCUUGCUCUGACCAGUGUCCAGAAGACACAAUAUGUACGUCUACUCAAAAUCAACAUUCCCAAGGUAUCACAAUGUUCGAGUGAGGAGAGUAAGACCUCAUUGCUCUUUGACCUAUAUCUCAAACUGAUGGAUACUGUCAAUCAUCCAACAUCGAUGUUGGGAGAUGAUGGCAUCGAGGUGUCCUCUGGAUCAGUCCCAGUCUCUGAGAUACAGCGCACAUCAUGCAAGUUAAUGGCACUUGAAGAUAUCCUCGAAGCAUCCAACCAGCUCCCAUCCAAUCGUCUGGUAGUCCUCACCGGAUCCACGUCCAUGUUGUCCGUCCUCGAGGAGUUCUGUACCCAAAUGACAUAUGCCUAUGUACUGGAUACUGAUGAGGCCACGUUCAAAUCUUAUCAACAACAUUGGCAAGGUAUUCAGAAGCCUCAUAUAUUACUGUCCACCUUCGAUCAAUCAUCAUCCUAUCACCAAUACUCCAACAGUGAUAUUGUUGUCCAUUAUGACCAUUAUUGGCAACAACAGACACCAUCCACUACUGCUGCCUCCACAAUGGACAAUAACAACAACAAUACAACAUCAAUGAUGUUAUGUAUCAAGUUGAUUGGACAGAACACUGUAGAGAAUUGGGCAUACAAUCAGGAUGAGCAACAACAACUUCAGAGGUUGCAACAAGAUGCUCCAGGAGUCAUCUCUCCAAAGUUCACGCCAAUGAAGGAUAAGAUGGUCGAGAUGAUGAAGUACUGCAUCGUUAAGAUGUCCUCAUCACCUUCACCUACUGGUGGUGUGCCAAUGUCGGUGAGGAAGUCACAAGACUCUCCAUCCCCAUUGACCUCACCAUCUCUUCCAGGCUCACACAAGACCACGCCAUCUCUAGCUCCCCUUUAUGUCCAGGCACAUGACGGAGAGAUGAUGUGGAGGAGCCCUAGUCCAAAGACCAGCAGUCCACGCCUCGCCCAUCAUCUCCCUCAAGGUGUACCCACCGACCAUUCCUCAAUCAACGACUCUGCAAGCCUCAGCUCAUCAGACUUGGCAUCAAGUGACAAGAAGAAAAGGAGUAACAAGCGUCAGAAGAACUUGUUAGAAAAGUGUUGCUUCAUAUGCAAGCAACAGGACGAUGCACAGGGAAACAGAUUCAUUGUGCUCUGUAGGUCAUGCCCCAUGAUAUACCAUCGCUUGUGUGCUGGACUGGCACAGACACCUCGGAGUUGGAAAUGUCCAAGACAUACUUGCUCAAAGUGUAAGAAGACAUCAUCCGAUACUGAGGGUAGCUUCUUCUUGUGCAAGGAUUGUCCAUGCUCGUACUGCUUCGCCUGUCUGCCCAACGACAUCACAAUAUUGGACAAGAGCGAGUAUAGUGAGACAAAGAAUGAGUAUGCUACCGCUUCAGCAUCGUCAUCAACGACAUCAUUAGAUGAGUCUGCUGAUUCUCCGGGAUCAUUGGGUGCGAGCCGCGGUAGCAGUGGCAGCAGUGGAAGUGGCAGCGGCCGCAAGACACAUAAGCGCCCCAUGGUAUACAUGGUGUGCGGUGGAUGCAAGAGGAAUGCCUCUAGUGUCGCCUCACCCUCACCCUCUGGCAGUCCGAUGCACAGCCAAUCAGCGGAGCAGAUGUCCAGUCCAUCGUCCCGCAACCCAGGUGGUGUUGAGCUCUCUCCAUCUUCCUCGUUUGGGCUCUGA